UUUUGUUUGCUUGUUUGAAGAAAAGGGUAUAUUUUACUGGAUGUAAUUUUUAAGUUUUGUAUCAGUAAGUUAUUUUAAAAUUAAAUUAAUAUGAAAAUAAGAGGAACAACAAGAGUUGUGUGUGAGUUCGUCUAACUACUAUAUAAUCAUCCUGCUGUAAGCUUACAAGGAACAACACAACAGUUUUCUGUGAAGUUGAUUUGACUUUGAAAGACAAACAAGUAUGUGUAGUACAGGGUUUGUGACCUCGAUGAAAGAUACAUGGGGUCCCACUGAUGAAGCGAAUGGGUACUCCCUGCAGGAUAUAGAUACAGAUAGACCACCCUCAGCGCCGGCAACCCCCAUCACAUACAAGGCCACUCCACCGCCGACACCGAUAUUCCAACCGGAAGUGAAAUCCCCAAAGAACAAACCCAAGUCUCCUGAACAGCCUACCAACCCUCCACCACCACCGUCCCCUCUGGAGGAUGAUCUGAGAGACAAUGAGGCAGUUGUACCGUUACAACCCGUAGAGGAGAUUAAAAAAAAGGUGUUUGUCUAUAAGUCACGUCACAAGACGAAGACAAGGGAUGUUACCCAUAAUCGUGCUCUCACGCCAUAUUUGGGUGAGCGAAGAAAAUUGUUGUUAGAGGGUCAAGUCAAGCCAACUGAUGGAUUAAAGCCAAUAAGAAGUAAUUGGAAAAGGUUUAAGAUGAGCUGGAAUGAAGCCAUGUAUUCAUUUGAUGUCUGGAGAGGAGCUCUGAAGAAAAUUGAAGGUCACCAGGGAAUGAGCGUGGUGUCAUACUUCACCUUCCUGAGAUGGCUGUUCCUCCUCAACUUCUUCAUCUUCCUCCUCAUCUUCUGGGUGAUCACGUUCUUCCAGGUGGCCUUCAAAGCCACAACUGUGUACGACACCGAUCUGAUCGGCUCAGACUCGAAGUUCAAUACAACAAUUGCAGAGACGUGUUCGGCGUCAUAUACUACCAAUGUCUCCUCGGAUGCUUUGACCCUUAUUCUGGACUUCUUCCAGGGAACGGGAUGGAUGGAGGAUACAGCAAUGUUCAACGGCUUUUACACGGACAAGAAAUUGGAGCUGGCUGCCUCCAACUACAACAUGCCUCUUGCCUACUUCCUGGUUACGGUUGCCGUGAUGCUCAUCAGCCUCGUUGUCAUGGUGCACAACACACUUUCCAAUUUAAAGAACACAGUGAUGCCUAAGGAAAACACCUCCAAGGUCAACGUUUGCAAUGUAGUAUUUGCAGGCUUGGAUUUCAACAUUGCACAGUUGGAAUCAAUGGUUCUUAAACUGAAGAGCAUCCACCUGGGACUGGUGUCUGAGUUGCAAGAACAGCGACAUAAGAAGGAGAAAAAGAACCGUACGAGCGAAGAGAAGUACAAGGUGUACACGGCGCGCUUCUUUGUCAACUUCAAUAUCAUUCUGAUGCUUGGUGGAGCAGGGGUAGCCAUCUACUACGCUCAGGAGUUCUCUGCAGAUUUCACCACCCAGCCGGAUGUGGCGACCAAUUACCACUCCCUGGUUAUCCUUCUGGUACAGUUCCUGCCCUCCAUUGUGAUUGGUGUUCUAAACGGAGCCUACCCUGUCAUCUUUGGCCUCCUCGGGAAGUUGGAGGGUUACUGCCCAGCUACAGCUAUCUGUUUUCAGCUCAUCAGGAUGGUGUUCCUGCGACUUGCCUCUCUAGUGAUGAUAGUUGUCUCCCUAUACGUGCAGAUCACAUGCAGCAGAGACCUGAACAGCUGCCGUGUGGGAGAUGGCAACCCAUGUGCUGCUAUCCAGUGUUGGGAGACGUAUGUAGGGUCAGCCUUCUACAAGCUGAUCGUCUUUGACUUCAUAAUCAACGUGGCAGUCACACUUGGGGUAGAGGGACUCAGAAAAUUGAUAUCCUCCAAGUGCCAAUGCAGCCUUGUUAAAACAAUUGCGCAGUCAGAAUUUGAUCUUCCGAGUAAUAUUCUUGAUCUAGUUUACUCUCAAACACUGCUAUGGAUUGGUAUCUAUUUUGCUCCACUCAUUUCUGCUGUUAGCGUCGUAUGCUACUUCAUGAUCUUCUACGUCAAAUACCUGUCAGCAAUGUACUUAACAGUUCCACCUGAGAAACCAUACCAGGCCUCCAAAUCAAACUCAUUCUUCACAAUUAUCCUCAUGGUGGCCUUCUUCGUGAUUUGUGUGCCUGUAGGCUACGUUUUGUCCAACCUGGAACCGUCGCCCAUGUGCGGUCCAUUCAGAGUGUACAGUGCCCCGGCAGACAUUAUCAGAGUACAGAUAGAUAAUGCCUCCUUCUGGUUCUCUGUCAUAUGGAGAGUUGUGACAUCGUCAGCAUUUGUGGCGACUCUAAUCAUACUGUUGAUCCUGCUGGUGUACUACUGCACUGCUCUCAAGUCUGCCCACAAGGACAUGAUGAAUGAUCAAUUAAAGCUCGAGGGCAUGGACAAGAAGUACCUAUUUUCCCGCAUCAACGAGCUAGGGGGCACACCAACAGAAAGUGUCGCCGCAGAACGUUCAAGUGGCGCCAGCAUCUCCAUCCAAUCAGAGACAGUAGCAGCAGUCGGCACUUGAUGAUUGGUAGAAUGGUGUCACGUUAGGCCAGCAUUGCAUUUAAUCUGAUAACAUUAUGGUCUAAAAUGGGUUAUGUUUGAGUGUUUUUUUUAAUUAUUUAAAUGCAGUUAAUUUAUAUAAUUAUAUUUUUUAAAUGAUGAUGGUCUAUAAAUAUACAACUCAUUAACUCUAAGGCAUUUACUACUGUAAUACCAUUUCAUUGUACUGAGUUACAAGGUUAUACCAAAUAUUAAUAAUAUUUCUCUCUGUUUUUUGUUAGUAAUAAAUGUUUUCUAUGAA